UUGUAUUGACACAACACAAACACAAAUGACACAUUUCGCCACAGGAACAACAACAUCGAACAUAACCAGAAACCAAGUGGCACACACACACGCGGAGAGAGAGGUGCUGGUCUUUGCGUGAUUUUGCUGACGCUAGAGAAACCGCAUGAAACCCAUUACUUCUUCGAUUCUCUUCAAUCUAAAUUCGUAAGCUUUUCUUCUUCUUUGGAACCGGUGCUUCAAUUCAUGGGUAAAGACUUUGAGGUUCUGCUUUUUUCUUGGAGAAAAACAAAUUGAGUGGUUGGUCGUGGGUAAAUGGAGGAUGAGGAAGGGGAUCAAAAGACAAGGAGAGUGGUUUUCGUGACUGUAGGGACAACUUGUUUCGAUGCUCUUGUGAGAGCAGUGGAUUCUCAAAAUGUUAAACAAGAGUUGUUUGCCAAAGGGUAUACUCAUCUUAUCAUCCAAAUGGGCCGUGGAUCCUAUGUUCCUAAUAAGUCUGAAGGAGAUGGUUCAUUGGCUGUAGACUACUUCACUUUUUCAUCCAGUAUUGCUGACCAUCUCAGAUCUGCUUCUCUUGUCAUUAGCCACGCAGGGUCAGGUAGCAUAUUUGAAUCAUUGCGGCUCGGCAAACCUUUACUUGUAGUUGUAAAUGAAGAUUUGAUGGAUAACCAUCAAAGUGAGCUUGCAGAAGAACUGGCCAAUAGAAAACAUCUGUAUUGUGCUAGUCCUCAAACAAUUCUUCAAACUAUUGCAGAUAUGGAUUUAAAUUCACUCCUCCCUUACUCUCCAGGUGAUGCUACACCAGUGGCCAAGCAUAUAAAUAGAUUCCUGGGUUUUCCUGAUGAUUGAUUCAUAAUUUUUUUUUUGGCCAAAUGUCUCAGAGGGAUGAUAAGAAUUUGUUUGGGUUUAUGCUGUAUUGGAAAUCAUCUAUAAGCAAAUAUAUAAUAUAAUGGUUUUGUAUUUACCUCUUUGGAUGACAUAAGAAUGAGGAUUAUGAAAAGGCUAUAAUUUCCUUUUUCAA